CGUCUAAGCGCGAAGAAGCGGUUAUGUCGGCUUGCGGAGACCAAGGCCCGGAGUCGCGAUAUAGUUUCCAUUACCUCCGUCAAAAAAGCUUCCCAGCCCUGGAGAGCAGAGACACACGGGAGCGCCUACUCAAAUGGUCCAUGGAUGGCAGAAUCACAGCACAGGCAUUCAGUUUUGAUCAGAAUCUCAAAGGCUAUCCACGGGAUGAUUUUCUAAUGGCUUUUUUUAAUCACUCAGAGGUUAACAGCAAUUUGAAAUUGCUUUCAUCAUCUGGACAGUGGACUACAUUAAAUACUAAUGUGAAAAAAGUUGACAUCAAGAGUAUUUUUUGUACACAAGUUUCUAUGUCAUUUUUUGACCGAUUAUACUCUGAAGGAGUUGUUCGAGAAAAUGGGACUAUUGUAAAGUGUUUUGAUGAAUACCAUCAUGAAAUUCUUAUUGCAGAUGAGUUGAGAAAGGUACUUCUGCUGGAUGAUUCAGACCACUAUGACUUAUUCAGCCAUUUAGACCGUGAGGAGUUCCUCUUCUGCAUCUUUAAGCACCUUUGCCUUGGAGGAGCUUUCUGUCAAUAUGAAGAUGAACUCGGUCCAUACUUAGAAACCACCAAGUCUUUAUAUAAAGAUCUAGUGAGUGUACAAAAGGAUCCUGAAACCAAGGAUAUCAACAUAGUAUCUACUGUCAUUAAAGUCUGUGCAUAUGAUGCUGACGGCCUUUGUUAUCCUUCAUCCAACAGCCAUGAACAAAAUUUUGCCUAUUUGAUUGUGAAUCCUUUGAAACGUCACAUCUACGUUUUGUAUCAUGUUUUUGGAGUAUCUUCAUUCUGUAAUUGACUGUUUGUGGUUUUUCAAUUAGUUCUGGUAAAUAGAGGAACUCAUUUUAAAUAUUGUUUGUUGGAAUUCUGAUACUGUUAGGGAAUUAGAAAUUACUUGCAUACUGUGUGUUAUUGAUUUUGCAUGCAUGUUGUUUGUUACUAUUGUUAAAUAUUAAAUUAAUGUUAUCAAUAACUGUGUAUAGUACAUGAAAUGGGCUAUUGCUGAAUUAACUGACAUCCUAUCCUUGGACAUCUUUAUUUUAAUAAUUCUUUUAUUGUACUAUAUUUUCUUUUAUUUAUUCUACAUAAUAAAAAUAGUAAAAC